AUGUAUUCGGAAGAGGAUAUAAACCAUGAGGAAUCUCCAAGUCUUGACACCCUGAAACAAAAGUUUGAUCAAGUUACAAAUGUAACAACUUACGAUUUUAGUCGGUUUGUUGCGUUAAAAACUGUAAUUGUCGAUUUAGCAAAGCAACUUUAUUGGCAACAAAUGCAUUGUUUAUGGAUGUAUUGCGAUCUGUCAAAAAAUACGAUCUAUCUUUUAAUGGAUUCAGUAAACAAUUCUGAAAUGCUUUUGCAAUUAUCGCAAGAGGUUCAACCUAAUAUUGAAAAUGAGAUACCUCUGCCGUACGGAACAUCACUCAUGGGUGGAUACGGCGGCAGCAGUCGAACGGGGGCUGCUCAAGAUCCACCUUUUGCUUUUAUCUCUAACAUGAAACCUCAUGAAAAUGAAAAAAUGGACAUUGAAUCUUUAUUGCGCAGACGCAAACUUGAUUUAAGAAACACUGAACAUUUUGAAAUAAAGUUAUUGAAGGAUUUUGCUUUUGGUUGGUUAAAAUGGGCUGCAACUGGUUAUCCCAGAAGUUUUGCUAAACGUGGAAUGGCACCAAGCGAGCUUCCGAAUGCCAAGCAGUGGAUUGCAGGUUGUAUUGCCUUACAAGAAUUAUUAUUUGGCAAACUUGGAAAAGAAAUUUUAGAGCGAAAAAGUUUCAGUGCUGUGGAUGAUACACUUAAUAGGAGAUUAAAAGAUUGUGUACAAGUUGGUUCCGGUUCAACGUAUCGUUCUAAUUCUGGCUUAGAUAAAUGGGAAGGUUUCGUCACAAAUGCGAAUUUCCUUUUACCGUUGGAAAUUCCAUUGAUAGCGAAUUUAUCGAAAAAAGUUCAAGAAGAAUUAAUAAAAGUGAAAGAAACACAUGGAUGGAUAAUUGAUGCGGUUGGCAAUGAUACCAAUAAAGCCAAGAAAUCUAGAGUGAAAGAAGAUAAAUUGGCCAAUCAAGUCACAAGAAAAGGAUUUAAACAAAAAGGAAAAAAUGGAGACGAUAUAAAGAAUGAUAGUGGAUCUACCUGGCCUAUCUUAGGAAAUGAAAAUAAUCAGCAAUGGACUAUACCAUCAGCGUUUUAUUUAAAUGAUUUUAUCCAAUUGAUCCGAGAUGUUCAAAAAAAUCCCAUACAGUUAGAUGAGACACAAUCUGUAAUAUCAAACGUAGAAGGUUUAAAGACUGGUGAUAUAAAUAAAGAAAAACGUCAUAGGCGUGGGGGUAAGAAUAAUCAAAAGAAGGAAAGUGAAAAAACAACACCGCCUUUCAUAUCCAUAACGCCCAUGGCAAAAGACAUUUCCAAAAGCGAGCAUGCAUUGUUGAAAGGAUACCUUGGCGUUGAGUAUGAGUGUCCUCUUGGUCAUAGAUUUAUGA